UCACCGAAUAACAACCAAUAAAUUUUCAGUGUUUUCAAAUGUCCUUCGAAGGGUGCGUUAUUUGAAUUUCAAAAACCGUGUUCCAGCCUUAAAGUGCCGUUUUCUAACUUAAUAUAAUCCAUAAUCACGAUUUAUCGUACAUGUCAUGUAUUAAAAAUAGUGUCAAAUAAAAGGGUUAUAUGAAAAUCAUCUUUUUUCUGUUACGUUUGAAAAUUUUACUUUCGUUUGCAUUUGCGCAUCCUCUAGUAUAUCAGUAUUAUGGCGUCCUGUACGAUGGUUGGAUGUUCUUUCUAAUCUCCGUAUAUCAAAUGGAAGACAGUUUUUUCCUGCAGAAGAUUCUGUUUUAAUAUUUCGAUUUUCAUCAGCAAAUUUAAUAUACGGUAAAAUGGAUUACACUGAUACAGAUUUACAAAAAGCAUGCGAUACCAAGCAGAUGGCCAUAAUCGGCAAGAUACAUAAUAUGCCAUGGCUAAAAAGUAAUUCUCAGUUAUCAGGCCACGUAAAAACGCUUCAAGGUGGAACAGAAUUAAAAAAUAAUUCAUUCAAAAGUAAAAUAAAUGAAGAAACAAAAGAAAGAAUUGAAAUUGUUUCAACUAGCACCGUUUCAACUAGUCCCAAAGUAAAUCACAUUGAUAACGCUCUAAUUAAAAACUUAAAUGAAGACGAUAGUAUUAUAAGUAAAGAAGAAUUUAUUAAUUUACCUCAAAAAGACAUGGAGACUGUUUGGAAUGAAGAUGUUAAUGUACCUAGUACAUUGUUUCCAAAUUCUCAGUGUUUGGUUAUGCAAAGAUUGGAUGAGCAGGAGAGGAUAAGUAUGACCUUGGCAGAGAGUAUUGUUACAGUUCAGCUAGAUCAAUUUAGGCUUACCGAACAGGAACAAAGUAAAUCAACUGAUUCCCAUAAUGAAGCUGAUAACGAAUGGGAUAGCGUUAAUGGUAUCUCUAACUUGCCAAAGUCGGACAGCGAUUUAAGUAAUCAAGUAAGUUCAAAGCAGUGUCACGACAACAAUAAUAAUAAUGCAAAAUCUAAAAGUCAAUCCACAGUAGAAACAAAGAAGGCCAUGCAAAAAACAACAAAAGUUAAUACCAAAAAAUUAAAUGAGCAAAAGACUAAAAAACAAUCUGGCAAUUCUUUGAAAGAACCUUAUGAUAUUUCAAAACAAGGUUCUAAAUCUAAGGAUGACUUGUUGAAUUUAUGUAAUGAUGAAAAUAAAACUUCAACUUCUACCGGAGAGCCGAAAAAAAUAAGCGUUGGAAUAAGUCCUAAAUUUAUCGAUAAAUAUAAUGAAGUUAAUGGAUAUAAUAAACAGUUAAUUAUGGGAAAGGGGACGCGAACGAAGGAGCAACAAGUUUUUAAACCACAUUUUUCUACAUUUAAUGAUAGCGGUAAUAAUAGCAGAUCCUCUAUAGGAGGGUUAGAUGACAAAUCUAAAUCUGUUGCUACAAAGUUAAAAGUAUCUAGAAACGAAUCAGAUAAAAAGGGCAAUGAAUUAGAUGAUACAAAAAAGUGUCAUAAAGUUCAAAUAGCACGCACUCAGUCAUAUAAUUAUCAGUAUAUCAGAAGUAAACCAUCGGUAAAAUCACAACAACAACAGCAACGAUAUUUAAAGAACGUAAUUAAAUCAGAAGAAACUAGUUCAAUUAAAAAUAUAUCUGACUGUAAUAAUACCGCGUCUACUUCAAUCGAGAAUUCGUCUAAGAAAAAAUGUGAAAGUCAACAGAGUAUAACGAAUAAGCAAGUUAGCGAUAUACAUUCGACUCACAGUAUUUCCGGGAAAAGUAUUAAGAAUUCAAAUGUUCCAGAAUGCAGUAUAAGCGAAAGGAAUGCCGGAAAGUCAAGCUCUGUCUCGUGUAAACGAAAUUACCAAAACUUAGCUAGCGCAAAAAAUAUCGUUGAGAGAAAUGUUAAAGAUGAUCAAACGCAUACGCAAAAAUUUAAGAGAGAUUCUAACGUUUACAGACGUUCAUCAACCGUUAUCCCGACAUUUUUUAAAGAUUUAAGCGGACACGCGAAAACAGAGGAUAGCAAAAAGAACGUUAGCGAUAAUAAUUCAGCAAAGGAUUAUAAAGUAAAAGCUGUCAGCACGGCAGAUGCAAAAGUACAUUGUGAAUCAGAAGGCUCAAGAGUAUCAGUGUACUCGCAUAAGACAAGUAAUGGUGCUAGUAAUAUAAACAAGACUGAUACAUUAGAUUCGUCUACUGUAAAUAAUGUACAGUCUGUAAAGUCAUUAAAUUCUUGUUCAGACAACACCAAAGAUUCUAUAAUUGUAAAUGUGUCACAAGAAUUACAAGUUUCGCAAGUCUCUUGCAACAAAACUGAAGUACAAUUUGUGAAGACUGAACAAGAAAAUACUAGUAAUAAUAAUAGCAAUAAUAAAACAAGUACUAGUAAUUCAGAUACCAAAUCAGUUAAAUUCUCGGACAAUGUUCAAGAAAUUAAUGUGAUGCAUCGAUCAACGCCAUCGUAUUCAGAUAAUUCUAUGCAUCAAAAUAAAAUACCAAUUAAUCCAUUUUAUUCGAAUUUACAAAAUACAUCUAACACGAGUGAUGCUCAACAAAUGGAAAACCAUCAAAACGUACAAAAUAAGAGUUAUUUCGAUAAUAAUGCUGCUCAAUAUAGUAAUACAACAACCAAUAUGCAACAUACCGAAAGAGAUUUACAAUUGCUGGAUGUGGUACAACAAAAACCAGAACAAACUUCUCAUAUGACUCCACAGAAUGUGUUGCCACAAAAUAACAGUAACACAAGCAUUGUAAUGGGAAAUAGAUUACCUUAUCAAAGUAUGCCUGCUAUGUAUUUAAACCAGUAUAAUAAUACACAAAAUGUACCAAGGAAAACGGCCGACAGUACAAUCAUUUCUCAAAAUGCGUUAAUUUCAAGUACCGCUUCUUACAACGUAGAAAGUCAAAACGUUUUACAAAAUGAUCCUUCUAACAUUCUGAUGCAUAAUACUCAAACGUCUGUUUUACCGCCGCCAGGUUUUCACAAUCAUCCUGUAACUACCCAGCAUAAUCAAUGGAAUGUGCCGUUUCCGGAUAUGUUUCUGUUUGGAAAUAUGAUGAAUCCAGUUCCUCCUAUGAACGUGCAGCUUCAAAACUCCAGACACGUGUGUGGCACAGAUUACAACAACAUCCAACAAACGGGUUAUUUGCAGCACCCAAUGUUUUACGUUCCGCCAAUAUGUAUGCAGAGUUGGAAUCCUCUAUUGCAGUAUCCCGCGCCUUUGUUUCAAAAUUCUCCAUAUGCUAAUUGCAACACGUAUCCUAAUCAAGUAUUAUCAUCACCUAAUUUGGUAGAUUCCGCUAAUUGUCCCGUUUCAACGUCAAUACAAAACAAUACGUACAAACAUUUUCAGCCAGUGCAGCAAAUAGAGAAUCCCCCAAACUUCUCUGUACCCGUUAAACUCGACAGUUACAUGGGAAAUAUACAAGGGUGCAAGUCGAAUAAUAUCAGAAUGAAAGAUAACUCGAUGGACGCUCACGCGAGGGUGAAUCAGUACCGAGCUCCACUGCCAAACGAGUAUCAAAAUUGUUCUCAAGAUGGUCAACUGAUGGUGCCGUUCUCCUAUGGAAUCGCGAUGGACUCGAUGGCAAGAAAUUGCCCACCAAACGUGCACAUGCAAAUGAGUCAGAAGUAUGCACCGCACGCCCUAACUACCGCUAAUUAUCAAAGAAUGCCAGAGACCUGUUCGCCGUUCCAAAACAAUCAGGACUCCCACAAUAGGAAAGAUGACGUAUCCAAAAAUGAUUCAGAUUGUAUACCGCCAAUGGUGUCGCCAAGGGAAUGCAUGUAUUACGGAGUCAAUUACUCUCGCAAGACCGAUACGGUACAGCACUCGUCCCUGCGGUCUGACAUGAAACCCGUUACAUACAAUAUUCAUUCGAUAAACAAUCAACAUUACGUUCCGCAAUAUCAAAGGAACAACGCGAUUUAUCAUAACUCGACACCGAAAGAACUUUCAACCAGGGUAACUAUGGGUCGCGGUAUACGGAAAACAAUGGAUCAGUAAGCGUAGAAAAAGAACGAGUACCAUAAAAGCCAUGCAUACAUGCUACAUCUAUAUUUAUUUCCUAAAUCGUUAUAAAAACCGUUACAUACUUACUUUUACGAUUACUCAUCCAUUUGUAUCAUCGUUAUCUUCGCAUAUGUAUAUGUAUGUAUAUUGCAGAGUUUAGAUUUUUCAUUUAUUCCAUUAAUCUAGAAUCUACUUGUAUACACACACACACACACAUACAUUCACACAUACUAAUACACGCACACACACACACAUGAAUACGCACACACAGAUAUCACGUACAUCGUGUUAGAUGUUUCGCAUUAUUAGAAAUAGUUUCCAAAGUUGAAAAAAAAUGUAAAAGAAAAUUUAUACGAUACUGCCA